UGGCGCGUGGGAGCGCGCGCGUGCUGUGUAAAUUCGCGUUUCUAGAACAGUGCGAAGCAACGAAUGUGAUUUUGGACCCGCGAUAAUUCAGAAAGCCAUGGAUUCAUCCGACGAAGAGGUCUCGGGAGACUAUUUGAAGGCAGCUACUCCUCUGAAGAUCGACUGGUUGGAUCUGUCAAUGUUCGGUUACCCAGACUCUGUCGGCCUGAGCGGACUACCUGGCUGCAAGUUCAAAGACAGCUGGCGAGACACCGCCCGCGACCUCGAAUACCUCAAACUGGAAGACGUCAGUGACGUUUUCGUUCUCUGCACCCGUGGCGAGCUGACGCUGUACAGGGUCCCGAGUCUUUUGAUCGAGUACGAAAGCCACGGCAUAACGGUGCACCACCAUCCAUUUCAAGAUGGCACUGCACCGGGCAUAGAGCAGGUGCUAAACAUUCUCAAAGAAAUCGGGAAAGUUAUCGAACAAGGGAAACGAGCCUUGGUUCACUGCUUCGGCGGACUCGGGAGAACCGGCGUUGUGGCAGCUUGCUUGCUUCUGAACUUGGAUGACGGCGUGACGCCGGAGUACGUAGUGCGAAAAGUGCAAGAGCUUAGGGGCACUCGGGCCAUUCAAACGGUGAAGCAGUACAACUUCAUCCAUGAUUUUAGAAGUCUAAGAGACAUGUAUCUGGGAGCCAGUGAUUCCAAGCUUGCUACCGAGUGAAUUGUCUAGCGCGCAGUGGCACUGUUUACUUGCCUGGACCGCAGUAUUGUUGAUA